UGUGCCUUGUUUCGAUGCAGAGAUUCCUAACACUUAGAACAACAAAGCUAACUUGUUUGUUUUGAUCAUUGCCCAUCACUCUUAUUUUCUUUCUCUCUUCUUGGGAUUUUCAAGCUCUUUCAAUUCCCUUUUAAUAUUUAUUACUUAUAUAUCUCAAAAAUUUCACUUCCUAGAUAGCUGUAUAUGGAGUCUGCCGCAAAUCUCCAUCACCACCAGCAUCAGCUUCAAGACCAGCUCCUUCUUCCUUCUUCCUCUUCCUCUUCCUCUUCCUCUUUGCCUGUCAUCCCAUCUUAUUUUGGCCUUGGAACCUCCCAUGGUUGGACUCCCAAUAUUUCCCUGAAUACUUGCAACUACAACCCAAGAAUAUUCAAUAAUGGAGCAACUUCGAUUCCAAUUAGAGACUGUGGGCAGAAAAAUAAUACUUCUCCACCUCUCAACAGUUCUAUGGUUCAAGAUUUGGGGUUAUUCCAAUGGAGUAGUGGUGUAAAUUCUUCAGGGAGUAGUUUCUUAUUCCAUGACCCGCAGGGUGGAAAAAUCAAAGAAGAAAUUUCCUCAUUAGCUUCUGCUGCUGAAUCUUUCCCCAAAUUCACAGAAAUGUUGAACAACAACAACAGCCCUUCGUGUACAAAUCAAGAUUUCGAUCACUUAAAGAAUACUAAUAGCAACGAUUCUCCGGCGGAGGAUCUGAACGAUCUCAGCCACAAGCUGUUGAUCAAAACCCUCAUUUCCUCCGGCUGCCAAAUCGACGGUGGCGAUCACAUCAAACCCGGAGGUCAUUUAUUGUACAGCACUACUACUUCAAGACCAAAUAGAGGCCACUUCGCUCAAAUAUACCCCAGCAUUAAUGUCUCUAAUUGGAACCUCUCAUCGCCGGCGCCGCCGUUCUCCAACUCCUUGGACUUGAACUUACAAACGCCGGCCGAUAUGUUGGCCGCCUCCGCCGGAAAAUUCAGCCACUCGCAGGAUAAUUUUGGUAUUUUUAGAGAAACCCUUCCUGAUUAUCACGAUCACAUCCCCAGCGUCCCAUGCAUUCCAAGUAAAAUGACACCAUUCAGCAGUGAAGUAACAGAAGCAAAGCGACCUUGUAACUCAAUGGAGCCAAGGGUAAAUCAACAGCCUCCUCCUUCAAAGAAAACGCGAUUGGACUCACGCGCUUCUUGCCCACCAUUUAAGGUUAGAAAAGAGAAAUUAGGUGAUAGAAUUGCAGCCCUCCAACAAUUGGUGGCACCCUUUGGCAAGACAGACACAGCAUCUGUGUUAAUGGAGGCAAUUGGAUACAUAAAAUUCCUUCAAAAUCAGACCUUGAGCGUUCCAUACAUGAAGCCCUCCUGCAACAAAGCCUCUAAGCCGACACAUCGGAGUUCGGUGGAGGAUGGAAGUGAAGGGCAGCCAAAUCGAGAUCUCAGAAGUAGAGGGCUGUGCCUGGUUCCUUUCGGGUGCUUGUCUUACGUCACCGGCGACGGCGGCGGUGGCGGCGGAAUUUGGCCGCCACCCGGGUUUAACGGAGGAACUUCUUGAUAAAUAUAUAAUUAAAUAUAUUUAUUUUGAAUUAGUCGAGAAAUAUUAAAGCUUCUCUAAGGACUAAGGCUCUAAUGUGAAUUAAUGGAGCAAAUUUGGUCAGUCUGUUUAAACCCAUGGAGAGAUACAGAAAUGGACCAAGUUUGAUCCAUUAAUAUUAAUCAUUUCAUGUAUUGUUAAUGAUCCGUUGGAUCCAACUUCACAUUCCUUAUUUUGGCUAUCCAUUAUCUCAUUACCCUUAUUUUA